AUGAACAAGAAAAAUAAGAAUGAGGUGAAGUCUUUGAAACAUUAUUUUUCAGCAUUACCAUCAAAACCAAAUUCUAAUUCAGACGGUGAUCAGAGAGACCCCGUGAAAGGUUAUCAAAAUGCAAAGAUUUCUCUCACACUUAAUGAAGGUCCAUUUCAACCUAAAAAUGUAUUGUAUCCAUUACGUAAUGGAAGAAUAUUUCGGGAAAUAUGGUUUACACAAUUCAAAUGGCUUGAGUAUAGUGUAACUCUAGACUCUGCUUUUUUCUUCUUUUGUAGAGCGUUUUAUAAAAUUGGUAAAAUGGACGAUGCAUUUACAUGCAAAGGUUAUAGUAAUUGGAAGAAAGCUAUUGAAAAAUUUAAUAAUCACCAAAAAAGUAUCAUGCAUUUAGAAUCUUCGGUAAGAGUUGAUGAAUUUAUAAAACGUUUGCGCAGUAAUAGUACGAUUGUAGACAAAUUAGAUUCUCAGCAUACAAAAGUUGUAGCAGAAAACCGACAAUAUCUAUCAACUGUCUUACAAACAAUUCUUUACUGUGCCAGACAAGGUAUUGCGUUACGCUGGCAUGAUGAAAGUGAAGAAAGUGACAAUCAAGGAAACUUCCUUGAACUUAUGAAACUUAGAAUAAUUGAUAAUGUAAAAAAUGCUGGUAUGUACAGCGUUAUAAUGGACGAAACUCAAGAUUUAAAAAAACAUGAACAAGUUUCUAUUGUUCUCAGAUACUGUGAUAAAAGAUUAAAUGUGAUAGAAAAUUUUAUUGGUUUUUAUAAAACUGACAAAAUGGAUGGUGAAACCCUUUCAAAUUUAUUAAAAAGUACUUUGCUAUCUUUGGACUUAAAAAUUGAAAACAUGAGAGGACAAUGCUACGAUGGAGCUGCCUCAAUGCGUGGUUCUUAUUCUGGAGUAGCUAAACGAAUACGAGAUGAAAAUAAACUAGCUUUGUAUGUGCAUUGUUAUGCGCAUAUACUUAAUUUGUGUGUAGUUGAUGUUUGUGGUAAAGUAGCUCCAAUUAGAAACAUGUUUGGUACAUUAAAUACAAUUUAUACAUUUAUAGGCGCCUCAUCAAAAAGAAACUCAGUGUUUGAUAGAGUUCAAAAAGAAUUGAAUUUGAAUGUGUCAAGUAGCACUCUUAAAUCACUUAGUGAAACGAGAUGGAGUUGUCGAAUUGAAUCUAUUCGUUCUGUCUUAACAAAUUUUAAUUCCAUUAUUUCUACCUUAGAACACAUAAAUGAAACUGACUCCAUUCAUGGAUCUGAUGCAAAUUCAUUAAUAAAAAAAUCACUUCGAAGUGAUGAUAAUUUUAAUCUUUUUUGGACCGAAACUAAACAGUUUGCUACCAAUGAGAAUAUUCAAUUGCCAGAUAUUCCUAGGAAAAGAAAAAUUCCCUCUAGAUUGGGAGGUGGUGAAGAAAACAAUAUCAAAACACUUAAUGCUCUUCAAAGUUGUUUGAUCAACAGAAACUGCUCCGAUCAAAAUAUCUUGGAAGUUUGUAACACAUACGGUAUUAUAAUAGAUGAGUUUAAAGCAGAGUUAAAGUUAUUUGGUAAAAUGUGUUUAUCAAGUAACAUUCCUGAAGAUUUUGAAAAUCAUUUACAAUUUUUCUUGUCUAAGGACUUAAUGGGUUCAUUUGAAAAUAUGUAUACAAUUUUUAAAAUAUAUUUAUCGAUUCCCAUGAGUUCUGCUUCUAGUGAACGUUCUUUUUCGUCUUUACGUCGUCUCAAGACAUUCACUAGAAACACUAUUGGUCAAGAGAGAUUAACUAACAUAGCUAUUUUAAAUAUAGAAAAGUUGUACCCAAUAAAUCUUGAUAAAAUUAUUGAUAAAUUCAAUGCAGAAUCAACCCUAAGAGGCAGAAGACUACAGUUAAUAUAA